GGCGUUUUGUGUCAGGCAGCGAAAAUCACUUUCAGUUCUUCGAGUCGUUCGGUUCUAUCCGGUAGUUCCUGGUGUUGUGUGGUCGUGGUGUGGUUAGUCAUCUCCGCAAUUCCAUUCUCGUUGUGCGCCGCCGUUCCGUCGUGUGUUCUUUCCACGGGAAAAAGCAAAAAGAGGAAAAUCCACUCCAGUCCAGUCCCCGUCUUUACUAGAGCGACAAGCGAGCGGAAAUUUUUGCUUCGUUCCGUGCAAAGGGCGAUAACACUCUUCUUUUAUUCCACAACCUCAAUCUCGCGGCGAUUCGGUUCAAAGUUUUCGGAAGUGCUGAUCCGGAUUUUUUUUCACUAGUGGAGUUCGAGGUCACACGGCAUCGGAUAGCUUUCCAGCGCUUGCUUUUCCGCCCCAGCUUCUCUCGCAUCAAUCGCCCAUGUGCAAUUUAGUGGUGACCUUUGCGGCCAAUCAGGAAGAAUAAAUCGGAACCCAAUUUGCUUCUCGAUUCGUGGCAAUUCUGUCAUCGACGGGUGGUGGCGUUAAUUUAAUAUUGGCGAUAGUGGCAACUAAGCUGGGAGGUUUCAUUUCCCAGGGAAAAGCGGAAUACGUGCGAAGGAAACCUUGUGUAAUUGUUUCCUGAUAAGUCGUGCGAUCUCUUGGAGUUUCCGAAGAAGCGAGAUCCGGAAUCAACCUUCGGUGGAUAAGUGGGAAGAAAUCAGUGUGACUCAUCCCAGGUUUUCCAGUUCAAGUUUGGCAGCAAAUCGUCCAAAACCGAGCAGCAGCGACAAUGUUGAUCAAAGAGUUUCGAGUGACGUUGCCCCUAACGGUAGAAGAGUAUCAAGUUGCACAGCUCUACUCAGUGGCGGAGGUGUCGAAAAAUGAAACCGGAGGCGGCGAGGGAAUAGAAGUGCUCAAAAAUGAACCCUUCAACAACUACCCACUGCUGGGAGGCAAAUACUCAUCCGGUCAGUACACCUACAAAAUCUAUCACCUGGCCUCGAAGGUUCCCGCCUUCAUCCGACUGCUAGCGCCCAAGGGAUCGCUGGAAGUGCACGAGGAAGCCUGGAAUGCAUACCCCUACUGCCGGACAGUCAUUACCAAUCCCGGCUACAUGAAGGAAAAUUUCAUCAUCUGUAUCGAAUCACUGCACGUCGCCGAUGGCGGCGAUCAGAACAAUGCUCAUGAGCUGCCGCCAGAGAAGCUGAAACAGCGCGAGGUGGUACACAUUGACAUUGCCAACGAUCCAGUGACUGCCGCUGACUACAAAGAAAGCGAAGACCCUACCAAAUUUAAAUCGGUGAAAACCGGCCGAGGACCGCUGGUCGGCCCGGACUGGAAGAAGAAGGUUCAGCCGGUGAUGACCUGCUACAAGCUAGUCACCUGCGAGUUCAAGUGGUUCGGACUGCAGUCGAGAAUAGAGAACUUCAUCCAGAAAUCAGAGCGAAGACUGUUCACGAUUUUCCACCGACAAGUAUUUUGCUGGAUGGACAGCUGGCACGGGCUCACCAUGGAGGACAUCCGUGAACUGGAGGACAAGACCAAAGAGGAACUGGACAAACAGCGUCACGUCGGCGAAGUGCGCGGAAUGCGCGCUGAAACAGACUAAGCCGUCUUCUAGCGUGUUUUGGGAAAGCGUCGUUUAAGAAUGGUCCUGGUUACUUGGCAUAAACAAUGGGAAUGGGAAAGGAAAUACAAUUGGAUACCGGAUAUUAUAAUCGACAGUUUAACAGUUGUCUUGGAAAAUACAAAAUAUAAUAACAAAAAAUCUACCAUGUGGCUGACUCGUAAGCGGAAAACAACAGUAAUUAUACAAUGAAUGAAACAAUUACAACUAUAGCAACAGAGGUACACACAUACUGGUAUAGUCACACCUACAGCAGGUGCACUACACAUACACAUAAGAUAGGCAGAAGCAGGAAUCCAUAUAGACACUCGGAAAAACACACAAACACAUACUUAACAACAGAAGAAUAACACAAACACACGAAAAAGCAACUUAUUAGGCAUCAAUAUAGAAAGCGUGGAUGAAGUUUAGAACAGAUGCAAAAGAAGUUAUAUUUAAGAUAAACGCAAAAAGCACGUAGCGAGUAGUGGAGAUGGAUGCAAACGUUUAAACAAACAAAACAUAUUUAAAUCCUUCUGGUGAUGAAGCAAAACAACAAACUAAAACUGAAAACACCUAUAAGUAGGAUAUAAACAGUCUUUAGAGCAAUGAAGAAGGAUCCAGAGUAUAUUCCUAGUUUACGCGAGAGAAAGCACUGUUUGAGUUGAGUUGAGAAUGGAGAACUCAGUCCAUGCUGGAUUUAGUCAAAUUUGUUUUAGAAAUGCAACUAAUUUAACACAAAUCGCGCCCAUGAUAAAUCGUUCCCUCGUGUUUUUAUCUUGACAUAUUUAGUUCACAUAUACAUACAUACACACUAACUCCACAGACAACCACACCCGCACCUACGCCCAUAAGUUUUGAUUAGUUCGAGUUUUGUUUCUUGAUUUUAACGCGAAAGUCUUAUAUUUAACGACAGUAAUGUAGCAUACUAGCGACAGGCCUCGCACUGUCCAACAGCACGGCAUGCGUGAGUAACCAGAGCGAUGAUAAGCAAGUGCGUGUGUUUGCGAUGAGCUAUUGUACAGCAGGUCCAAUCGUAUGAUGAUGAUGAUGGCGGUGUGUUCCAUCGGAUGAGUUGCGCGCGCGUGCGUUUUAGGUUCAGUUCUCUUUUACUAGUAGGGCAAAGUUAACUAAGCAGACAACAAAUUCUUUCCAUUAACAUUACUUGCGGUUGAAUCAGCCAAAGGAGACAGAAGCAAAGCAGAGCCGCGACAGAGACGACGAACGGAUCCCCAUUAGCUUAGAUAAGGAAAAAAACAAUAGUGGCAGCAUGGCUGCUGGCGGGGCAUUCGUUUCGUGUGAGUUACUGUCGUCUGUUUCCAUUUCUGUAUGAUAUGUUCUUUCCCCGGACAGAAGAUUGGAAGACAAAAGCAUGCUGUUCUAGAAAUUAGAUUUGGUUCCAAUGAACUUGGUAAAUGUUAUUAAAUUAAAAUUGGAAUUCGAGGAAAAUGA